AUGGUAUUGCCUGGCUUUGUUUAUGGUGGUUCCAUAGGUGGACCUCCCCCCAUCCCCAUGCCAACUUAUCAGAACAGAGAAGAGCAGCAGCAGGGGACUUCUGAGAGGUCGGUGAUUCAAACUACUCUUCACCUUGAAAGGAUUAUUUCCAUAUGUAAAGUCGAAUAUGCUUGGAAUCCUUCAAAGUGUUCUCAUUGUAAAGUUUCUGGUCAUAAGGACUCUAACUGUGGAAUUUUAAUUGCUAAUCAAAAGAAAGAAGAAGAGGAGAAAAGCAAAAUAGAAAAAGGUAAAGAAGGCGUUUCUAUUGAUCUUAUGCAAGUUCUUUUGGCUAGCACUAAAGAAGUCAAGGAUAAGAAUGAUGGUUUUGAAACUGUGGUGAAGAAAAACAAAGGUAAUAAGUCAAAAGUCAGCUCUAAUUCAGCUGUAGGGGAGAGGAAAAAAUUUGCGAUCCAGGGGCAGUGUGGUAAUAAUUCGAAAAAUGAAAGAUUAGGGGCUGAGGCUGGUAAUCGCAUACAGGGGCAAAAUGGGAAUAAUCCAAAAAAUAAAAAUUUUGGAGUGUUUUCUGGAAAUAGCGUUAAGGGGUAUUAUGGGAAUAACUCUAUUUUGUCGAAAAACAGAUCUGUUCAAGGAGGGAAAGCUAGUAGCAAAAAAGAGCAGGGGUAUAAUGGGAAGAAUUCUGAUUUUAAUGGUAAAAAAGGAAUUCAUUUGGUUGAUAAAGGGCAAAGUAGUAAUUCUAAAGGUUAUGAUAAAAAGGGAAGAGGUUCUGGGGGUUCUUUAUAUCCUGAGGGUAAUUUAGGAAGUUCUAGUGAUAAAGGAAUUAAGCAGGAUUAUUUGAAAAAAGAGGAAGUGGGCAAUAAAAUUGUUUUUACGCAGAGCUAUGUUCCAAAAUCUGGAGGGGAUUUUAAAGCUAACUCAAAUUUUGAUAAGUUCCACCAAAAUGUUAAGGGUGUGGCUCCGAUUAAUUUACAUGUUAGCAAUUCUUUUGGAGUUCUUCAAGAUUCUUGCAAUGAAGAAAGUGAGGAAGCUUUGUAUGAAGAAUUUGGAUUGGAUAAAUUUGCUAAUAAAAAUUUUAUGAAUCAAGUGGAAUCUACCGAUAGUAUCACGGGGCUGGAUACCAACAUGGAUCAUGUCAAAAAGACUAGUUUGAGUCCAGAGCCUGAGUCUCUUUGUUAUGAGGAUGGAGAGUUGGAGCUGGUAGAAGCAUCUGAUAAUCUUGAAGACUAUAUGCGUUUAUGGAGAGACGUGAGCAAAUAUUUAGAGGUUCCUGUGGCUGAUGAUGAUGGCACUCAUGCUUGUUAUUGGGUUUCCUCUAGCGAAAGUUUUGCUCAUUUCUUGGAGUCACGUGGAAUGAUUGAUGAAGCUUAGAAGUUGCUACAAAUCCUGAUUGUAGAUUUGAACUAGCCAUUCAGCUUGGUAAACUAGAGAUCGUGAAGGAUAUUGAACUAGUAGCACAAAGUGAGUCGAAAUGGCUGAAU